UGUCUGAGUGAGUUUGUUUUCCGUGUGCUCUCACUCUGGUCAACACAGUCCGGAGCAGACCCUGUGAGGAUGACUCUAACAGGGACAUUUCUCAUUAUUGCUGGGAUUCUUUACGCAGAGGCUAAUAAGGAUGUGCAUAAGGAUAUUGGUCUGGUGGGCUGCACAGACUCAGAUGGAGAGGUUGUGUAUGGGCUGGAUGGAGAAGAGAUAGGCCACGCAGACUGGACAGCUGAAAAGACUGUGAUGACACGGCCUGCGUUUGGUGAUAAAUUUGAAUAUCAGCCGGACACCUAUGAAGGAGCCGUUGAAGCGCUGCAACUCUGCAAGAAAGAUUUGGCAAAAAACAUACAAGUUCACGAACACCCAGCAGUGGCAGAGGCCCCCCCCUCCACCUCUGUGUACCCCAAAUCUAAAAUGGAGACGGGCAUUGAGAACACUCUCAUCUGCUGCAUCACUGCGUUCUACCCGCCUCGGCUAAACGUGUCCUGGACCAGAAACAACAAGGUCAUGACCCAGGGAGUGAGCAACAGCCAGCUGCGGGUCAACCUCAACGACGGCUCCUUCACCAUGUUCUCCACCCUGCAGUUCACCCCUCACGAGGGGGACCUGUACACCUGCACUGUGGAGCAUUCCACGCUGGAGAGACCCAUGACAACAGAGUUCGAUGUGGAGGUGUCUAAGCCCAGUCUUGAUCUUGGUCCAUCAGUGUUCUGUGGAGUAGGUCUGACUCUGGGGCUGCUGGGAGUAGCUACUGGAACAUUCUUCCUUGUCAAGGGAAAUCACUACAACUGAACCUGUGCUCUGCUGUGCUCAUCACCUGUGCUCCCAACUGUGCUGUGUUCCCAUCAGCAGAGGUGUGGACUCGAGUCAUGUGACUUGGACUCGAGUCAGACUCGAGUCAUGAAUUUGAUGACUUUAGACUCGACUUGACAAAAUAUAAAAAGACUUGCAACUCGACUUGGACUUGAACAUCAAUGACUCGGACUUUCACUUGGACUUGCGCCUAUUGACUUGUAAAGACUUGCUACUUCCCAUAAAAAAAAACAAAGAUAAAAAGACAAAAGUAUGUUAACACGGACUGAUCUAUCUCUGUGUGUGCGCCUGUGCAUGUGUGGCAGAGACCCGUAUUCGGCACAAGAUCCAAUCAAAUCACUUAGAUUGUUUUGAUUCGACAGCGGCCAACCACGCGGAACAAGCUAUUAGUCCAGGGCCAGACAACGAACGUGAAUGCGCUAGCAAAAUGAUACCGAUUAUUUCGUCUGCCUACCAAAAUUACGUGGAGACCAACAAGAAACGAAUCACGGUGUGUAGAACUUGUUAAAUUCCUCCCAGCUUCAUCCGAGCCUUCAUCACAUUAAAUCCAUUCCACUGACGUUACCAGGAGGAGAAUAGCCUACCUUAACGUUUUGUUUUGAGCACUGGCUGUCACUCAUUGGAUACAUAUCAAACUCCAUGUCAUGUAAUGGUAGAACGGGACAACACAAUGCCAUGCCACGGUAACCUACCUAAAUCAUAGAAGUUAACAUUGCAAGAUAUUUUCUAUGACACCAGAAAUAUUUCCUUUACCUUGUUAGUUUUUUUAACAUUCAUUUUAUUUAAUGAAAACUAUAUCCUUGAACUAUGCGUGACUAUUUUGCUAAAACCGAAUGAAACCUACUUCUUAAAGUGACAGGCACUCAAUUAGACCUACACACCACCCCUGCAAUAUCAUUAAAGACAAGUGUAAUCAAUAUGAAGUAUUCAAAUUACUGAAUAUUUUUAGCUAUAAGUAAUUAUGCAGAUCCUAAAAUGCUAGCCUGGGUUUUCCCAUACUGCCUUGCGCGGUGAUUUCAAUCCCGCUGCUAAGUCAGUCUGGAAACUAACGCCCAAAUGUUCGCCUGAUGUUGGCGAACCAAUCACAGAACAUCCGAGAAGUUUCCAUUGCCUUCUUGCGUCUAUAUUCAACGCCAAAGGAUUAAUGGCAGCCCUUAGCGUUGCAUACGAACGAGUUGGGUGAGCGAUGCGCAUUUGAUAGACAUCCGUGGCGCCCAAUGAACGGAUCUGGGCAUUUUUUCAAAUACGAGAAAAUGAACGUCUGGUUGCCAGACCACGUCUCAUUUGAGAAGUGGUAGGCGUUAGCCAGGCUACUAAAAUGCUACAAAUUGUUAACAAAAUAUGUAACGGUUUUGCCUAUAUUUUUGUAAUGUAAUAAACGGUCACUACCUGUUUCACUCAAUUUUAAAAAAGACUCGAAAGGACUCAAAAUUCAAAACGUAGGACUUGGGACUUGACUUGAGACUUGUUGGCCUUUGACUUGGACUUGACUCGGGACUUGCCUGUCUUGACUCGGGACUUGACUCGGGACUUGAGGGCAAUGAAUUGAGACUGACUUGUGACUUGCCAAACAAUGACUUUGUCCCACCUCUGCCCAUCAGACAUGCAGAUUUACUGGAUUAGAACCUUUCAGACAUACUCAGUUUGCUCCUGGUUUGGCAUGAAAAAGAUAAAAGAAACACAUUGUAAAAACAUGUAAAUAAUAAAGACAAAGAAAAUAAAAACAUGAAUAAAACAAGAAUAAAAAUGGGUUUUUAAGUUUCUUUUUAAAAGAAGCUGUAGUUGGGGCAGAUUUAGGUUCUGUAGGUAGCUUGUUCCAGCAAUGGACAGCAUAGUGGCUGAAGGCUAUUUUCCCCUGCUUAGAUCUGACCCUGGGAACAACAAGUUGACCGGUGCAACAAUGACUUUAAAAUCAAUUCUGAAAUUUACUGGAAGCCAGUGCAUAGACCUGAGAAUUUGUGUGAUGUGCUCUCUUUUUUUUUUUUUUUUAAAUUCUGGCAGCAGCAUUUUGAAUUAGUUGUAGCUGCCUGAUUGACUUUUUGGGAAGGCCACUCUUCACACCUUCGUAAAAAUGGUGCUCUUGUAUCAAACAGUAAACACAAGCCAUCGUCAACUAAGCACACAAUGUGUCAACUACACACUGAUGGUAUGAAUACAAGACACAUCUGGCUUUUGCUUUCUCUGUGCACAAGGUAGCCUAUACAGUAUGUCAGCUUGAGGUCAUACUUUUGUCAUAGCUCUGUAAACAGGGAUCCAAACUUCAAGUAUUGGUAUUUAUUCACACUCAAACAAAUACAAAGUCAAAACACAAAAUAGUCAUUUAUGAGGCAAAACAAAUAAAUAAAUCUGUUUACAUCAUGACCUCUCUCUGGGUAUGGCCACAAAAUUACAUCGCAUGCAAUGUCCUCCUGUCCAAGGCACCGGGCUCCUUGUCCUUGUCGUCCUAUCCCUCUCGCUCCUUCACCUUCUUGUCCUAUUCCUUCUCCUCUUUCUCCUACUUCUUCUUCUCCACGUCCUCUUCCUAGGCCUCCUCUAAUUCUCACUCUUCCUGCUCCCUCCAUUGUACUCCACACGGAUAUCUUACCAUGUGCCUUAUUUACACUGCUUAGGCUGAUUGCAAAGUGAACUAAUUAUGUAAAACAGUUUUCAUCAUGUGACCGUGUACUAUACAGUUGGCAAAACAGUGUAAAUAAUAAUAAAUAUGUGUAUAAUUUUGCUAGGAGUGUGUUGGAAAUUUGGAAAUUGAGUGUAAGCAGUGAGUUGUGUUUAAAGUUUCGCAAAGUGUGUGUUACAAAAUUGCAAACUGAGUGCAAAGCAGUAUUUGUGCUUUUAGUUUUGCUAACUCAGUGAGUGGUUUGGCUAUACGUGCUAAUAGUUUUAGAAAUUGUGCUACAAGAAUCACGAUUAGUGCUUACAGUUUUUCACAGUUGCUCAAACACUAAACCCCAUUCUCUGAAUCAAGUUCUCAAAUGCCUGAACACAUUUGUUGAAUUAUUCCCUUUUUUGGCAAAACCAUAGACUACUUUCACCCACUUUCACCCAUUUUACCAAACUCAUUAAUCCUUCUUUCAAAACUCUAAACACAUUGUGCAUUCUGAUGCACUUCUUAAUUAUAUUCAUAACCAAACUAGGCUGAAGUUGAACACAAUUAGAGCACAGUUGUCUCCAUUUGAACACUACCACUCAAAAUUGAUAACACUUGUGUCUAAUGAUGUGACAACCAAUAUAAGUCAGUUCAGAGUUGACAGAGACGCAGGGGACAACAAGUGUGUGUUACAGUAGAGGUGCGGUACAAGGAAGUGGAGGGUGCAGGUUGGAGGAAGAGGAUGAAGAAAAAGACAGAGAGUCCCAAGAGUUGCAAUACUGUAAAUGAUGAAAUUCGGGCAACAAUCAUUGACCAUGUUCUGGUUCAUUGAAUGCCAAUGAGAGAAGCAGGACUUCAUGGUCCAACCCAACGUCAGCAGUUUCUCUGUGGCUUCAAUAAUCCAAAGAUUCAGACUACAGAACAGGAAUAGCGUAAAUGUCCAUUAUCAUACAGUACAGUAAUCACUGAACGUUACAGUCACUGUUACACACUUACUACCCUUUGAGCUCAACUCUGAGAGCGUGAAAGAGCUGAGUUAUCAGUAUGUCCGAGUAAGUUUAAAUUCAGGCACAAUACAAUAUUACAGUAUUGCAUACUUACAGUACUAUCAGAGUCUGUGGCAUCACAGUACAAAUCAUAUUCAGUACAGUGUUUGCCUGUCUUUCUGUUCACUUACACAUCUAUUGAUUUAUUUCUCCAUAUAGGAUAUGAAAGAGUGAUAUAAGUCAUUGUUCUUUAUUUUCAUUGUGAUAUUUUAUUUUUCAAAUUAGAAUGAAUAAACAUUCCUCCAGGAGCCAUAAACCCUGCCCU